GCCAAAAUGACAACUGACAAGUGAUACAAUAUUUUGUGUUUACUUUUUAGACUUUGCCCUUUAUGUUUUUCAUUUGUUCUUAUUAAUUUUUUAUUUAAAAAUGUCGGUUAUUAUAAAAACACUUGUGCUAAACCAAACUAGGAAAUCCGUCGGUAGUUUCCUGCGCCGGACAUAUUCCUCGGAAGUUCCCCAAUAUGAAACAUUAGCUGUAUCUGUGCCCAAAAAACAUGUGUUUCACGUAGAACUCAACAGACCAAAGAAAUUAAACACAUUAAACAGGGCUAUGUGGAGGGAGCUGAAUGAGUGUUUUUCCACAUUAAGCAACAACUCUGAGUGCAGAGUGAUUGUUCUCUCUGGACAAGGCAAACACUUCACUGGAGGUAUAGAGUUACAAAGUCUAGUAGAGUUGGCAUCGGAAGCGGACGAUCUACCCGAUGUGGCGCGGAGGGCCAGGUUCCAUUAUGGGUUCAUCAAAUUUGCACAGGACGGCAUAACGUCGCUGGAGAAGUGCGUGAAGCCGGUGCUGAGCGUCGUACACAACGCGUGCAUCGGGGCCGGCGUGGACCUCAUCACCGCGGCCGACAUCCGGUAUUGCACAGAGGAUGCGUGGUUCCAAGUGAAGGAAGUGGAGGUCGGUUUAGCGGCUGAUGUCGGCACGUUGCAGAGGCUGCCCAAGGUGGUGGGCAACACUUCAAUCGCCAGGGAGUUGUGUUUCACGGGCCGGAAGUUCGACGCCAAGGAGGCAAAGGAAAUCGGGCUCGUCAGCAAAGUGUUUCCAGAUCAAAAAACGGCGCUGUCGCACGCGCUGGAGGUGGCGGAGGGCAUCGCCGCGAAGAGUCCGGUGGCGGUGCAGACCACCAAGCUCAGCCUCGUGUACUCGCAGAGCCGGCCCAGCGACGACGGACUCGAACACAUCCGACUACUAAAUUCUGUGAUGAACCAAGGAGAAGAUCUUCCCAAAGCCGCCAUAGCGCAGGCGACCAAGAGCCCGCCGCCGGAGUUCGACAACUUGUAACCUUAUUUUCAUUGGGUUAAGUAUCAUUUUACAACGCAUUCAAAACAUAAAAAAUAGUGUGAAAAAAAAUACUUGUAACCUUAUGUCAAUACAUUAAGUACUAUUUUAAUUAUAACUCCUGUAUAUACGAAUACUUUGGAAAGGUAAUAGAAAGAGAAUACUUUAACCCAAUGUUAAUUACAUUAAGGACCUUUCACAAUACACUUAAAAUCUGGGAAAAAAUUGUUUGUUUUG